AGUUUUGGUUUAGCCAACCGAUGGAGAACGUAGCAGUGUAAGAUCAUCAGAUGACGGAGCCAGUGGAUCUCUUGGCUUCGAUGAUCGAGAGCGCCUAAAACUGCUUCAAAAAAUAGAGUCAGCAAGGGAGCGUGAUGUGGAAGAGUUUUUAAUGAUGACCCGUGGAUCUCGAUCCCAAAAAGGUUUAGAUAAUCCACAAAUGGCACGUCUUAAACAGCAUUUUGAGAAAAAAAAUAAACGACACACAAGUGAACUUGAACAUCUGCAGAGAAAACUAGCGAGCUAUGAGCAUCGGUUGGCAGAAAUUGAAAGUGGUGUUUCGGAAUCUGGGGCUAAAACUACCGUUAUGCGAACAGGCGCGAAUUUAAAAGGAAUGACAGAGACUGUGAUGGCAGCACCGCUUGAGCUUGCCCAACGAAUUAAAAGUACAUUCGGAUCUGCUGAUAGUGUCAAUAAUCCUACGGAAGGUGCUGUUGUUUUUGCGUUGUUACACCCCAAGGCACGAAGGCAUGUUGUGCUGAAAAUCCAACAAGCAGCAGCUUUGAAACAAGAGCAGAAAGGUAUUGCAAACAGACUGGACUAUCAGUAUAAUGAUCGCUUCAAACGUGUGGAAGAAAGCGUCGAAUCUGUGGAAAAUCAUAUGGUUCGUAUGGAGAAUUCCAUAAAAGAUACCUUGGACAUCCGCUUGUCGUCUCCGGCUUGGAGCAACGCUGUUUUUCUUUCCAGUGCCAAUAUUGUGGUUGAGUUUCUUAAGAUUGUCCUAUAUCUGGUUGCUACAAUACUAGAUCUGUUUUUGCCGUUUUUUGGAUCAAGGUUAGUUCAUGUUUUUCAUUUAAUUUUUCGAGGAACCUUUUGUUUUUGUUGUUAG